AUGCCCACAUAUAAUUCGUAUUCCAAUGAACAAUAUAUGCGCGAUAAGAAGGCGCGUAUAAAGGCAAAGAUUGAUAAGAAAAUGGAAACGCAGCUAAUCGAAAAGGAAAUUCCAAAGUAUGAGAAAAAGCUUAAACUAAAGGAAUUAACUAAAUUUCCGCACAUACAAACUAAAGCGGUAACCAACAAAUUUCCGCUUAAUGAGCGUUUGGCUGAAACGGCAGACAGCGAAUUGGCUGCUGCACUUAAGCAGGCCAAGAUCGAUGCCAAUAUGGAUAAGAAAGCCAAGAAUGCGUUUAUGCGACGUGGACACGUAUUUGAGCGCAAGUGUGGCAGCGAUGAGCCCUUGGAUGAUAGGAAGAAAUUCUCUACAAGCAGCGCAACUCCGUCAGAUCGCUGGCUACAAGAUAACUUUUUAACGAAUCUGUAUGGUCGCCACGACUGGCACUUGAAGGAGGCCAUGAAGCGUGGCGAUUGGUACAAGACCAAGGAAAUACUAGGCAAGGGUCCGGAGUGGAUUGUAAAUGAAAUUAAAACCUCUGGACUGCGUGGACGCGGUGGCGCUGGUUUUCCCUCCGGACUCAAAUGGUCGUUUAUGCACAAGCCGCCAGACGGACGUCCCAAGUUUCUGGUAGUGAAUGCAGAUGAGGGCGAGCCAGGCACUUGCAAGGAUCGCGAAAUAAUGCGGCAUGAUCCGCACAAGCUGGUGGAGGGCUGCCUCAUUGCCGGCUGCUGCAUGGGCGCCAACACUGGAUUCAUUUACAUACGCGGCGAAUUCUACAAUGAGGCAUGCAAUCUGCAGUAUGCAGUGCUGGAGGCAUACAAGGCGGGACUGCUGGGCAAGAAUGCGUGCGGCUCGGGCUUUGAGUUUGAUUUGUAUGUGCAACGUGGCGCGGGCGCUUAUGUGUGCGGUGAGGAAACUUCGCUCAUAGAAUCGCUGGAGGGCAAAGCGGGCAAGCCGCGCUGCAAGCCGCCGUUUCCAGCGGAUAUUGGCGCAUUUGGUUGUCCCUCCACAGUGACCAAUGUGGAAACAGUUGCUGUGGCGCCCGCCAUUUGCCGACGUGGCGGCAAGUGGUUCGCCAGCUUUGGACGCACACGCAAUUCGGGCACCAAGCUGUUUAACAUAAUGGGCCAUGUGGAGCGUCCCUGCACUGUCGAAGAGGAAAUGUCCAUGCCCACGCGUGAGCUUAUCGAACGACAUGCGGGCGGCGUCACAGGCGGUUGGGAUAAUCUGCUGGCUAUUAUACCCGGCGGCUCCAGCACUCCCUGCAUACCCAAGGAGUCCGCGGACAAGUCUAUACACGACUACGAUGGACUCAUGGCUGUGCAGUCCUCCUUGGGCACAGGCGCCAUUAUAGUCAUGAACAAGUCCACCGAUAUUAUCUACGCCAUAGCGCGUCUCUGCGCCUUCUAUAAGCACGAGAGCUGUGGCCAGUGCACUCCAUGCCGCGAGGGCUUGCAUUGGGUGAAUCUCAUUAUGCAGCGCUUUGUCGCUGGACGCGCACAGCCCAGCGAGAUUGACAUGCUCUGGGAGCUAACCAAACAGAUUGAGGGUCAUACUAUAUGCGCUUUGGGCGAUGGCGCCGCUUGGCCGCCGCAGGGACUUAUCCGACACUUUCGUCCGCUCAUGGAGCAGCGCAUGGCAGAGCGCGCCGCAUGCGAUGCCGCCGAAGCUAAAGCUGCCAGUAAAGCCAAAUAAGUGUUAAUGCUUUGUCUCUCUCUCUUUUGGUUGCAAUAAAGAACG